AUGGGAAAGGGGAUUAAAGGAAUAAAGGAUCAAUUACAUCUGCUUACGCCCUAUGCGCUUCAUUUGGUUUUGGUUGUUGCUGUUGCCGCCUAUGUUCUCCUGGGAGCAUUAGCAAUACGACAACUUGAAGCUAUUGCUAUCAAUCGAAAUUCGACAAUGAUUAGAAAUGAUAAUAUAUAUCGUGGUGAUGAUAAACGAAAUAAAAUUGGUCUUACAGAACAAAACAAAAAUGAUUAUUUACGAUCCAAAAUGGAAUGUAUGAUCGAAAUGUUAAAACAAAGGAGUAGCGCUAAAAUUUGUGAUGAAGGACAUUUGGAUGAAUUAACCGAUGAUGUUUACAAUAUUUGCUUUCAAGAACAAAUUUAUGAUGAUCGAAAUGAAAAUAAAAUUUCUCGAAAUACUAUUGGUACAAAUGAUGUUGAUUAUCUUUAUUGGUCUCUUAUGGAUUCCAUUGUUUUCUGUUUUACCGUAAUAACAACAAUUGGAUACGGUAAUGUGGCACCAAAAACAAUGGAAGGAAGACUUUUUGUAAUAGCAUAUGGUGUGUUAGGCAUACCAUUUACAAUGCUUGCAAUUGCUAGUUUGGGUAAAUUUCUAGCCGAAAUUUUGAAAGGAAUUACACAAUUAACUGCUCGUUUAUUAAAGACAAUUUUCUGCUGUUACAGUGUGCAAAAACAGUUCAAGGAAAAAGAAGCUCUAAUCAGUGAUUUAAAAAAUGAUGAUAACAAGCAAGGAAUUGCAAAUGAUGACGAUAUAUCAGGUAGUUCUGAAAUAAAAAAGGUGGAAAAAUGGGGCGAAGCAUUGGUACUAAUUGUGGCCUUUUUCAUUUACAUCAUAAUUGGUUCAAUAGUUAUUGCAAGCUAUGAACCGGAAAUGGAUUUCUUUGGAGCUAUUUAUUUCAAUUUUGUAUCACUAACAACUAUCGGUUUAGGUGAUUUGGUGCCUAAAAAUGAAAAAUACCUGGUGUUAACAUUGAUUUACUCAGCUGUUGGUUUAGCAUUAACAACUAUUGCAAUUGAAAUUGCUGCUGAAUAUUUGAAAAUGUUACAUUAUUUUGGUCGUAAAAUUGACAAUGUUGCAAAUGUACAAAUUUGGUUUGGCGGUAAAAAGCUUACAAUGAAACAACUGGUUCGAAAUCUGGGUGAUUAUUUCGACUUACCAAUAAAUGAAAUUGCUGAUCUAAACCUUGAUGAAUUCGUUAAUGCAGCAAUUAAAGUAGAAGCAGGUGAAUUAGGUACUUUACGGUGUCCACGACCAAUCACUGUUGACAUCGAAUCGAUAAUUUUCGUGGAUGCAGAUGAAUCAUACAUGUAG